GUUAAAAUCAAUGGGCUGGGUAUCCGAUAUUAUCGACCCUUCGGGUUCUUUUUGUCUGGGACUGCUGUGACCCUGUGUCCCUUCUAUUCAGUCUAUUCUUUAGUUUGCAAGUCUGCAGCUUGGGUUUGUUUGUAGCCAAACACGUGCCAGUUUAAGUUGAAACACCAAAAUGGAGAAACAAACGGAAAUUUGCGAAAACUACCAACUCAAAUGGAGCUCCUACACGACCUACAUACAUUCAUGUAUAGCCUCUUCAUUACUAUCAGACGAUUCAUUCCAGGAUGUAGCCCUGGUCACUAUGGACGGUCACAAAAUCAUGGCCCAUAGAUUCGUAUUGUCGUUCUCUAGCCUGUAUUUGAACAAGGCGUUGAAGUUUCAAAAUAAAGUCACUACAGCUCUACCAAUUAUGAUUGUACUUCCAGGAGAAAUAACUUACAAAGCCCUAAAGGUCCUAGUGAAAUAUAUGUAUAGCGGUGAGGCAACAGUACCAAAAGAAAUAUUGAACACAGUACUAGCUGCUGGUGAAACGUUAAAAAUUAAAGGUUUGUAUAGGGAAGCUAUUGAAGAAGAAACUCUUCAAAAAUCAUCUAGUAAACUCAUAAAUCCCGAGUCUCAUGGGCAAAAAACAACAAAAUCCCAACAAAAAUCAGUAGUUAUUACUGAACCUCCGCCUUUGGUGCCUGCCACAAACAGUCAAAAGAUAAUUCAAAAUAAAUCGGUUGCGAUACCAAAAGAAGCUGUGAAAAUAUUGUUGCAUGGAAAAAUUCAAAAUAAAAUCCAAGAGAAAGUCAUUGUUACUUCAAACAAUGGUAACAAGUCCAAGAAUGUAUUGUGCAAUUUUAGUAAUAAUGAGAAUGGUAUUCCCAGGAAGGUGAUAAUGUUGAAUAAAAAAUUUUCUCAAUUGGAUAAACCGCACACAAUCACCUCAGCAGAUAUGGAAGCUCAAAAUUCUUCUUCAAACGGCAAUAUUCUGAUCAAAGAUGAAAAUGAACAAUCUGAUAUUUCUUGUUUGGUGAUAAAAGAAGAACCUGUGGGAUGGCCUGAUGAUAUAGAUAUUGUUGAUGAAAAGGAAAUUUUUGAAGAAGAGUCCACGAAACUUGAAGGCUACGAUUCUACUUCCAAUGAAAGUUCUGCUGACCUGUACACCCCUUUGACCUGCGAACUAUGCACAGAAAGGUUUAGUUUGCCAGCAGAAUGGGUCAAGCAUGUACAAUCCCAUACAGAUAUGUUACCAGCUAAAAGGAGAAGACGGGAUAGUCCUGAUGAAGAAGAUGAAAACGCCAGUUUUCCAGAACUCCAAUGCGACUUAUGCGACAAAUCAUUCGUUACACCUGCCGAAUGGGUGAGGCACAUUCAAGAUUCGCACACCAACUUUGAACUCAGCUUGGCGAAUCGGAAAAACGAAAGGAAACAAGUUAAGAAGAACAGACAGCAAGGGGCGAAAAGUCGAAUUCAAGUUUAAGUUAUUUUUGUGUUAAUGUUUUGUUUGUUUUGUAUCCUUGGAAUGGAAUUUUGUAUUUGAAUUGAAUAAAGCUAUUUUGUGUUAACG